UCAAAGAAACACCUCUGAUUCUCAGAUCAUAAACGAAAGCAGUGGUUUACUUUGGAAAUCUGUUGCUGCUCACUCAAAAUACUAAUCCAUAAUUAAGGAAGCAUUGGGUUUGAUUUUCGAUUGUCAAGCUCUAGCUCUCAACAAUAAUGAAUGACCAAGGGGCUCCCUCAAUCACCACUGAUGAAAUGCCAACUGAUCCAACUGGUGAUCCAACUAUCCAAAGUAAACAUGAGGCUAUGAUCAAACGUCUUUCCAACCUCCAUAACUCCCGUGCAUCCAGCAAAGGCGACUCAAAAGAUCCGUCCUUUGAAUCCACUAAAUCCUUUCUCUUACUUUUCAAUAACUCCAAGCAAGAAAUCGAAUGUUCCCUCACCCAAAUUCAACAAAUUCCUGAUAUGGACCCGGACCAAGAUCUCAAACCUGACCUUGAAAAAAUUUCUCUUUCUAUCUCCAACCUUGAAAAACUAGUUGCUGAAAACUCCUACUUUUUGCCACCAUAUGAAAUCCGAUCAUCUCUUAAAACCAUCUCUGACCUUAAGCAAUCAUUAGAUGCCAUUACUUCUAAAGUCAAACCCAGAAAGAAAUUCUCAUUCAAAAACAAACCUGCCAAGAAAUCUGAAAAAAGCUCCAGCGUAAUGGCUGAUGACCCUAAUAAGACUGAGCAGGAACAAUGGUUGAGUUAUAAGGUUAAAGAUUCACCAGGUUUCAGGAGUAAACAAAAUGAGGUUUUGAUUAAGGAGUUUAAAGGUUCAGAGAAUGGAGAGUAUGUACUUUCGGAUCUAACCAAUUGCGAGGUGAGAUUAAAGGGAUGUUUUCGAAGUUUGUUCAUAAACCGUUUACAGGACUGUAAGAUUUAUGUGGGCCCGGUAUUGGGUUCAAUCUUGGUUGAAGAGGUUGAAGGGUGUUUAUUUGUGAUGGCAUCACAUCAGAUUAGGAUUCAUCAUGCUAAAAUGAGUGACUUUUAUUUACAAUGUAGGAGUCGGCCCAUAAUCGAGCAUAGUUCUGGGGUAAGGUUUGGGCCAUAUUGUUUGUGUUAUGAUGGGAUUGAGAGUGAUCUUAAGGAAGUAAAUCUGUAUGAUGAUACCGGGAGCUGGGCAAAUGUGGAUGAUUUUCAAUGGCUGCGGGCUGUUCAGUCACCAAAUUGGUCAAUUCUGCCAAAAAGCCAACAUAUUGAUAUGGUGAAAAUUUGAAUUUGGAUAGUCACCAUAUCGGAGUUUAACAUUUAAUAUGUAUUUCUAUCUUAAAUUUACAUGCUUAGUUGCUUAAGGUACGGGUUUCUUUGCUCUACUGAGUUCAUACGGGCUUUUUGCAUUUCCUACAACUGUAUCAUUUUUGUUUCUGUUUAGCUCUUCCGAAUUCAUUGUAUUUGUUCAUAUGGGAAAUCAUAAAAUGCACGUUUUACUUUA